GCCACUAAAGCAAUCUGGGACUUAACCCCCCCUUCCUACCCCAAAACCAGAGAGGAUAUCACUGGCAAGCUUGUGAUGGACCCCUGGGCCCCUGCCCGGCCGCCCCAGCCCUGGGAGAGGCAGGCAGCCCGGGGGGCAUGGGGGGAGGCACACCGCAGCCCCACACCACAGCCCAGAAAACAGCUUCUUCGUGUGCGACCCCCACCUCGGCCUGGCUCCUGGGAUGGGGGCCACCACCCUGGCCACCCAUGGGAUGAGGGCCACCACCCCCGGAGGAACACCAGCAGACCGGCUUCCCGGGCUGAGCGCUACGAAGGCAGCCGCCCCCCCAGGCCGUACUCCAGGCAAGGAUAUGAAGACCCCCAUCGGCAGUAUCCUGCAGCCAGCUAUGGGGAUGACUAUGCCUACCAAAGCCACCAGUGGCAGCCACCAGCCUGGCAGGGUGACAGAGAUCUGAGACAGGGAGAGCCUUAUGGCAAGAGUACCAGUUACCGGGAUCAGCACUACUACAGGGGUUACCACCCCAACCUGGCCAAGACUCCCCCAGGGCAGGACAGGAUGCAGACCUACGACUCCUACGAGGAGAGUUACAUCUCUGCUGCCAGGAGGGAGUGGGCAGGGGGAGAAACCCUCAGCAACAAUCUGGGGGAGGCAGGUGGCCAGCCCCAAGAGCCCUUGGGCCAGUCCAGCCUGCUCCUGCAGUACCGUGAGUCGGGGCUCAGCUCCAGCGGCUACGAGCUCAGCCAGUACAUCCGCGACAGUGCCGACCACUCUGACCACGCGCUUUCGGGGACCUGGAGCCCAGCACAAGCAGGGGGGCCUUUGGUGUCCACUCCAGCCCUGGAGGUACCCCAUAAGUUCCUGCUGCCACACGUGGCGGUGUGCUUUGGAGCUGGAGGCCAGCUGGUACUGGUGUGUCCCCACCGCCCUGCCGAGGGGCAGCUAGCCCACGUUGAGCUACACAGCCUGAAGGUAAUCCUUCAUGACACAAAAGAGCUGGAGGAGCUGCAGGCCUUCCCAGGCCCCCUGGCCAGGGAAGAUCUGCACAAGGUGGACGUGAUGACAUUUUGCCAGCAGAAGAUAGCCACGAGCUGUGAUCUCUCAACAGAGAGAGGCAGAGAUUCAGCUCUUCUCUGGAAACUGCUGGUCCUGCUCUGCCGGCAGAAUGGGUCCAUGGUGGGCUCAGACACGGCUGAGCUGCUGAUGCAAGACUGCAGGCGUCAGGAGAAGUACAAGAGGCAAAACCCUGCGGUGAACCUGAUCGGCAUGACUGAUGAUGAGUGGAUGUCCCGUCAGCCGGGAACACUGGACCUCAUCACGGGAGAGGUCCCUCCUGUCGUGGAGACGCAAGCGCAGAUAGUGGAGAAGUUCACCAAGCUCCUCUACUACGGCAGGAAGAAAGAUGCUCUGGUCUGGGCCAUGAGAAACCAGCUGUGGGGCCAUGCUCUCUUCCUCUCCAGCAAGAUGGACCCUCGGACCUACAGCUGGGUGCUCACUGGGUUCACCAGCACGCUGGCCACCAGUGACCCCCUGCAGACCCUCUUCCAGCUCAUGUCAGGAAGGAUUCCUCAGGCAGCACUGUGCUGUGGGGAUGCCAAGUGGGGGGACUGGAGGCCCCAUCUGGCCGUGAUGUUGUCCAACAAGGUUGGAGACAUGGAGCUGAAUCAUCGAGCCAUUGUCACCAUGGGAGACACUUUGGCUGGCAAGGGAGCAGUCGAAGCAGCUCAUUUCUGCUACCUGAUGGCAGAUAUUCCUUUUGGUUACUUUGGGGCGAAGGCAGAGCGCAUGGCUCUGCUGGGCAGCAGCCACCGACAGGCGUUCACCCAGUUUGCCAGCACAGAGGUGAUCCAGAGGAUGGAAAUCUUUGAGUUCUGCCAGCAGCUACGACAGCCCAAAUCCUUCCUGCUCCCCUUCCAGGUGUACAAGCUCCUCUAUGCCUCUCGCCUGACUGACUAUGGGCUCCCAGCCCAGGCCCUGCAAUACUGUGAGCAGAUCGCCACUGUGCUCCUGGACCAGGAUCCGGCCAGCCAUCCUGUCCUGGCCCAGCAGGUGAUGAAGCUGGCUGAGCGGCUGAAGCUCUCCGACCCUCUGCUCCUGGAGAUGCCGGAGCAGGACCAGACACUGGAGCCCGACUGGCUGGUGCAGCUCCGAGCCUGCUGCCAGGAGUGGGAGAUGGGAGACAACCUUCCUUCAGAGGUGGCAUCCGCUCAGCCAGGGCUCUCCUGGACUGCUGCAUCAAUGGCAGAUGGAGAGCCUGGCCAUGAGCUUCCGCAGAGUGACGGCUCCCAGAACAACCAGUGGUACCAGCCUGUACCAUCACAAGGCCCCAUCUCCCAUGAGGAUGUGUCCCUCCAGUCCUCAGCACCUGGUCAGGUUGCAGCAUCACCACUGCUGGAUGUUGGGCAAGAGCUGCAGCCCCCAGUGACGGCCACCCUUCCAGGAGGGGUUUUUCCUGAGCUGCCUCCACAGGCAGUGCCACUGGCAGGAGAAGCUGGGGUGUCCUGGGGUGCCUCGCUGUCUCCUGGAGGGGUGCAGCCAUCCCUCCCAGCAGAGCAGGAGGAGCUAAAGGCAAGGGCUCGGACCAUCUCUGAGAGCUCCACCAUCUCCUUGGAAGAUGACAGCCAAGCUUCCUCGGACAGCGCAGCUGAAGAUACUGCUGAAGAGCAGGCACCAGCAGAGGCGGAGAAGCCGGGUGAAGAUAAGGGCUCUGGAUUUAGAUGGUUUGGCUGGUUUUGGUCAAAGCCCACCAAGGAAACGUCUCCCAAAACAUCAUCUGAGAGGGCCCCAGACUCCCCCACUCUGGGAUCGCAGGAACGAACGUCACCAUCACCAUCUGAUGAUCCUCUCACGCCCGGGACAAGCCCUUUUGCUCAGUCUCCAUCCAGAAAUCCUGGAGGAAUGCAAGGUGAAAAUACCUUUCCUGUUACUCCAGUGUCUAUUGAGAUGAAAGGCUCAUGGGAUUCGGGUGGUGGGGAGCCCCUACCGGUGGGAUCAGUCCCCCUCUUCAACCCUGUCCAGGUCUCUCAGCUCGCUGCUGCUUCUCGACCCAGUCAACCCAGGCUGCUUUCCCAGCACCGCUACCCCAACCUGCUGUGA